AUGGGUUGUGGAAGAGUUCGCACAAAAACUGUUAAAAAAGCGUCACGUAUUAUUAUUGAAAAAUAUUAUACGAAACUUACGCAUGAUUUUCAUACAAAUAAACGAAUUUGUGAAGAAAUCGCAGUAAUUCCAAGCAAAAAAAUGCGUAAUCGUAUCGCAGGAUUUAUAACACAUUUAAUGAAACGUAUUGAGAAAGGACCGGUUAGAGGAAUUUCGAUCAAGCUUCAAGAAGAAGAAAGAGAACGGCGUGAUAAUUAUAUGCCUGAUAUAUCUGUUUUAGAUCCUCAAAUGCUCACUUCUAUCGAAGUCGAUCAAGUAACAAAAGCUAUGAUUGAAAGUAUGGUAAGAAAUUUUUUAAAAAUAUAUCUCCUAUUUUUUCAAAAAAUCGGCAGAAUUCACUAG